AUGACCCGGAAACACAACUUUGGUCUUGAGCAGCCCUGGGCUUCCCAGAUCGCUGCCCAGCUCCCCGAAUUCUCCCCUUACGGUCUACCAGCCCCUGGUGCAGCUCCAGCUCCAGCUCCCCAAGCUUCCAAAGCAGUUGCAGCCGACGCUCAAGUUAACCCCGGUGCCUACUCGAAGCCAUACUGCGAGUUUAUGACCUCCAACCCGACCAUUUUUCACGCCGUUGACUCUUUCUCGAAAGAACUCGAACAACACGGCUACAAGCAGCUCAGCGAACGUGCGGUGUGGACGUCAGACCUAAAGCGGGGCGGCAAGUUCUACGUCACCCGUAACGCCAGCUCCAUUAUCUCUUUCAACAUUGGUAAAGACUAUAAGAGUGGUAAUGGCUUGGCCAUCGUCGCUGGCCAUGUGGAUGCCCUCACCGCUAAGCUGAAGCCCGUCUCGCAGCUCCCAGUCAAGGCUGGCUUCCAGCAGCUCGGUGUUGCCCCGUAUGCCGGUGGACUGGGAACCACUUGGUGGGACCGUGACCUCGGUAUUGGUGGUCGGGUCUUGGUUAAGGAUGCAAAUACCGGAAAGAUCGAGACCAAGCUGGUGAAGCUUGACUGGCCCAUCGCUCGUAUUCCUACACUUGCUCCUCACUUCGGAGCACCUGCGAAUGGCCCCUUCAACGCAGAAACCCAGAUGGUCCCUAUUACUGGCGUUGAUAACUCUGAUCUAUUUGAAAAGUCUGCGACCAACUCAAUUGGUAUUAAGGCCGGAACCUUUGCUGCCACCCAGCCGGAGAAGCUGGUUAAGAUUAUUUCCAAGGAGAUUGGUGUCACAGAUUAUAGCUCUAUUCUUGAGUGGGAGCUUGAACUUUUUGAUAUUCAGGCUGCUCAGCUGGGUGGUUUGGAAAAGGACUUGAUCUUUGCUGGUCGUAUUGAUGACAAGCUCUGCUGCUACGCCGCUCAUCAUGGCCUGCUAGCGUCCGAUGACAACAAGUCAACUGGUAUCGUGAAGAUGGUUGGCAUGUUCGAUGAUGAAGAGAUUGGAAGCCAAUUGCGCCAAGGCGCUCAGUCGAAUUUCAUGAGCAGCGUCAUUGAGAGAAUCACAGAGGCCUUCGCGACUGAAAAAUAUGGUCCCAACCUCCUCUCCCAAACUGUUGCUAACAGCUUCCUGGUCUCAUCUGAUGUCAUCCAUGCCGUCAACCCGAACUUCCUCAACGUAUACCUGGAGAACCACUCCCCACGUCUUAACGUUGGUGUUGCCGUCUCGUGUGAUUCCAAUGGACACAUGACGACCGAUAGUGUCAGCCAGGGCAUCCUGAAAGAGAUUGCAUCUCGGUGUGACUCCAAACUGCAGGUCUUCCAGAUUAGGAACGACUCUCGUAGCGGUGGCACUAUUGGCCCAAUGACAAGUGCGCGUAUUGGUAUGCGUGCUAUUGAUUGCGGUAUCCCGCAGCUUAGCAUGCACAGUAUUCGUGCUACAACUGGCAGUGAAGAUCCUGGACUGGGCGUGAAAUUAUUCAAGGGUGUCUUCGACUUCUAUGAGGACGUCGAUAAGCAAUUUGCUUCUUUCUAA